GGAGACCCGGGGAGGGGGCGCGGUCUGCAUUCUGCCACCUUCCCCGGGGCCAGGAGCGCAGCCGCCGUUGCCGCCGCCACCGCGUCCUCUCAGCCUUGCGCUGCUCGAGCUGCCUUUGCCGCCGCAGCCCGGCCCAGAAAGGCAGAGCCGGGGACGCCGGCCCCACAGCCUGCCAAUCCUUCGGCCGCGGGCCGGCCGCGGCGACAUGGGGAGCUACUGAGAGCAGGCGCUCCUUCCCCCUGGCACCACCCACGGCCACUGGCUACUGGCCUUAGGCCAGAGAGCCUCGGGCACCUCUGACCCCCCACCCCCACCCCCAGUCCGGCGCUUGGCACGGCCCUCGGAGCUGUUCCUCUGGCUCUGAGCAUCGUGUCCCCACCCCCCGCCCGCGCCCGGGACACCUGGGUCCCCCGGCGGCCUCUAGGAUAGGGGCGGGCGGGGGGGUGGCAUGAAGCCACUGGAGAAAUUUUUGAAGAAACAGACAUCGCAACUCGCAGGACGAACGGUGUCGGGAGGUCCCGGCGGGGGUCUAGGGAGCUGCAGCGGGCCCGGAGGAGGUGGGGGACUCGGCGGGGGCAGCAGUCUGGUUGGGGGACCGCGGCCACUGCAGCGGCGGCAGAGCGUGUCGCGUCUGCUGCUCCCAGCUUUCCUGAGGGAGCCCCCGGCCGAGCCGGGGCUGGAUCCACCAACGGAGGAGGAAGCAGCCGAACUGGCGGGGGUCACGGAGGAACCGGGCAACGGGGGACCCUGUUGGCUGCAGCUCGAGGAGGUGUCGGGGCCGGGCUCGCUCGGGGGUGGGGGUCCCCUGCGCUCCCCGUCCUCAUACUCCUCGGAUGAGCUGUCCCCCGGAGAGCCCCUAACUCCGCCGCCCUGGGCCCCCCUGGGCGCCCCCGAGCGGCCGGAGCAUCUUCUGCACCGGGUUCUGGAGCGGCUGGCCGGAGGGGCCACCAGGGACAGCGGCGCUUCAGAUAUCCUGCUGGAUGACAUUGUCCUCACUCACUCGCUCUUCCUCCCCACGGAGAAAUUUCUGCAGGAGCUACACCAGUACUUUGUUCAGGCAGGCACCAUGGAGGGUCGUGAGGGGCUGGGUCAGAAACAAGCCUGCCUAGCUAUGCUUCUCCAUUUCUUGGACACCUACCAGGGUCUGCUGCAAGAGGAAGAGGGGGCUGGCCACAUCAUAAAGGAUCUGUACCUGCUGAUUAUGAAGGAUGAGUCUCUUUACCAGGACCUCCGAGAGGAUACUCUGAGGCUACACCAGCUUGUGGAGACGGUGGAGUUAAAGAUUUCAGAGGACAGCCAGCCGCCCAGCAAGCAGGUGAAGCCCCUCUUCCGUCACUUCCGCCGGAUAGACUCCUGUCUGCAGACCCGAGUGGCUUUCCGGGGCUCUGAUGAGAUUUUCUGCCGGGUCUACAUGCCUGACCACUCUUACGUGACCAUCCGCAGCCGCCUCUCAGCCUCCGUACAGGACAUCCUGGGCUCCGUGACGGAAAAGCUGCAGUACUCAGAUGAGCCCACAGAGCGAGAGGAGUCCCUCAUCCUGGUAGCCGUGGCCUCCUCGGGAGAGAAAGUCCUCCUCCAGCCCACUGAGGACUGUGUCUUCACCACGCUGGGCAUCAACAGUCACCUGUUUGCCUGUACCCGGGACAGCUAUGAGGCCCUGGUUCCCCUGCCCGAAGAGAUCCAGGGGUCCCCUGGAGAGACAGAGAUCCACCGGCUGGAGCCCGAGGAUGUUGCCAACCACCUGACUGCCUUCCACUGGGAGCUGUUCCGCUGUGUGCACGAGCUGGAGUUCGUGGACUAUGUGUUCCAUGGGGAGCGCGGCCGCCGGGAGACGGCUAACCUGGAGCUGCUGCUGCAGCGCUGCAGCGAGGUUGCGCACUGGGUGGCCACUGAGGUGCUGCUUUGUGAGGCCCCGGGCAAGCGCGCUCAACUGCUCAAGAAGUUCAUUAAGAUCGCCGCCAUCUGCAAGCAGAACCAGGACCUGCUCUCCUUCUACGCGGUGGUCAUGGGGCUGGACAAUGCUGCCGUCAGCCGCCUGCGGCUCACCUGGGAGAAGCUGCCAGGGAAAUUCAAGAACUUGUUCCGCAAAUUCGAGAACCUCACGGACCCCUGCCGGAACCACAAAAGCUACCGAGAAGUCAUCUCCAAGAUGAAGCCACCUGUCAUUCCCUUUGUGCCUCUGAUCCUCAAAGACCUGACCUUUCUGCACGAGGGCAGUAAGACCCUCGUGGACGGUUUGGUGAAUGUGGAGAAGCUGCACUCAGUGGCCGAAAAAAUAAGGACAAUCCGCAGAUACCGGAGCCGGCCCCUUUGCCUGGACAUGGAGGCUUCCCCCCAUCACCUGCAGACCAAAGCCUAUGUGCGCCAGUUCCAGGUGAUAGACAACCAGAACCUUCUCUUCGAGCUCUCCUAUAAGUUGGAGACUAAUAGUCAGUGAGGCCCAAGAUGCUGUGUGGGUUGCCAGCGGGCUCUGUGGGCACCUGGCACA